GCACUUUGAACUGUCUUGUUUCUGAAAUCUGCUAUAGAAAUAAACUUGAUUGAUUGAUUGAUUGGUUUUGGUCCAGGUUCUGUGAUCAUCAUUAAACCCGUUUUAAUCUCAGCAACCAGACGAGGAGUUUAUGGGACUUAAAGGGAGAUCAAAUAUUUCAAAUGCCUAAUUCCAGAUAUUUCUUACAGGAGGUGUUUACCAGUAAAAGCCACUUCAACUCGUUUCCCUGUUGAUGUUUGUGUUCAUUGAACAGAGCUUCCCUGUGAACUGGGAAGUUUUUCUGUCGGAAUCUCUGCAUUUCCUCUCAACUAAAAUCCUGCGAUAUUUCAUGUUUCCACUUCCCUCUCGGCUUCGAUGUUCCUCAUUUAUGCUCAAACAGGAACAACCGGAGCUGCGCCAUGACAGUGUUUCAGAUUUAAAGAAGAGCUGGAGGACAGAUACGAUGUCCUGUCCGUCAGAGAAAGACCUCUCCUGUCCAAUCUGCUUCGACAUCUUCAGCGACCCCGUCGUGCUGUCCUGCAGCCACAGCUUCUGCAGAGCCUGUCUGCAGAGAUGGUGGUCCGAGAGGCGGAGAGACUCCUGCCCGCUCUGUAAGGAGAUCUCCUCGUUCCGCUCUCCGCCCUGCAACCUGGCCUUAAAGAACCUGUGCGAAACCUUCACCCUGGAACGGAAGAAGAACCCUCCAAAAGAGCCGGAGGAUCUCUGCAGUCUUCAUGCAGAGAUGCUGAAGCUUUUCUGCCUGGACCAUCAGCGGCCGGUUUGUCUCAUCUGCAGGGACGCGAAAGAUCACAGCGACCACAGAUUUAGACCCAUCGGCGAGGCGGCGCAGGACCGCCGGGACGACCUCGCCAGGAUCCUGAAACCUCUGAAGAAGAAGCUGGCGCUCCUGAAGCAAGCCAAGGAAAGCUGUGGUGGAACAGCAGAGCACAUUAAGACCCAGUCCAAACACACGGAGAGGCUCAUCAGGAAUCAGUUCAACUGGCUUCACCAGCUGCUGGAGGAGGAAGAGGAGGCCAGGGUCGCCGCGCUGCGCGACGAAGAGAAACGGAAAUGUAAAGACAUGACGGAUCGGAUUGAGGUUCUGAACAGAGCGAUACGAGUUCUGUCAGACACAAUCAGAACCGCAGAGGAGGAGCUGAGGGCUGCAGACCUGAGAUUCCUGCAGAAUUACAAGGCCGCAGCAGCCAGGGUUAAACACUGCCCCCUGCUGGACGACCCGCAGACUCCCCGCGGAGCGCUGAUAGACGAGACCAAACACCUGGGCAACCUGGCCUACAACAUCUGGACCCAGCUGAAGAAGACGGCCUCCUUCGCACCCGUCCUCUUGGACCCGAACACGGCUCACCCAGAGCUGGUUCUGUCCGCGGAUCUGACCAGCGUCACGUUCGGGCCGAGGCAGAAGCUCCCCGAGAACCCGGAGAGGUUCGACCAGCACCACUGCGUCCUGGGCGCCGAGGGGUUCGCCUCCGGGACUCACGGCUGGGCCGUGGAGGUCCGGCGGGACCAGAACUGGGGCGUGGGCGUGGUCAGCGAGUCGGUCCGGAGGAAGGGCCAAAUCCGAGAUGGAUUCUGGGGGAUUUGUCUGUUCAACGGAAACGUGACGGCCGUUUCCCAUCCGGUACCGAGCAAACAUCUCCCGGUGAAGAAGCUGCAGAGAGUCAGAGUUCAGCUGGACUGGGACGGAGGGACCCUGUCCUUCUUUGAUUUAGACUCAGACAGACACAUCCACACCUUCAUCCACAGGUUCACCGAGAAAAUGUUUCCUUUCAUUGGGACCAACAACAAAUUACCUGUGAGGAUUUUACCUGUAAUCAACUGGUAACGGACUACUGGAAACCAUUAAGGCCUGGGCCGUAUGGGUUAAAGAGGGGUGUCCAAACUGUUUGUCACGGGGACCAAAAAAAAAAAAGAAAUAUUUGCUUCUUCUGCCCCAAUACAUGUGAAACUUAUUUAUUUCUACUCAUGUUGCUUCAUCUUGAAACAAAACCUGCUCUGGAAAUAACAGAAGAAACAAACUUAAUCCAAAUACAUUUAGUGGAUUUAUUUUCUUUCUUUAGAAAAACACCUUGAUGACAAGAAAAAAACUUUUUUUUUCACCAACACUUUUUACACAUUUAUUCACCAGAAUACUGCCUGACUUUAAAUCAGUAACUGCUUACCGUAGCUGUCUCCCUGUUUAGCAUUGAAACAAGUGACAGCUGUCUGACAGGCGACACAUAAACAAUUAAUAAAGAUCGACUUAGUGAUGAAAUAUCUGCAGCCGGA